AUGUAUCAGUUUAUUAAGACUCCGCACACAACAAGAACUAUUGAAUUUAAUGGUUCUCAUGGAAUUGAGGUUAUUAUUGGGAAAGAAGUUAAGGAAGAUGAAAGCAAGCAUUCCAGCGAGUCCAAUUUAAUCUUUGAUGAUGAUGACCUAUUUGUUGAGCACGCUAAGCUUGUUGUUAAGAAACUCCCUCCGACGAAUGAUGAAGAGUCGCUUCCAAUGAAUAUAGACUCAUUCAGGAUUUAUUUAGAAUCCUUAGGGGACGCGGAUCGUAUUGUGGAUUUGGAAUCAGCAGAUUCCAAUACAGAUGGAAAGAUAAUUGAUUUGAAAAACGGUGAUAGGUUUGGGUUAGUUAGAUUAGAUGAGCCGGUCUCAGUGAAUCAACAACGGGGAGCCAAACUCAAAUUCAACUUAAAUAUAAGACCAGGAGCUUGGCCUUUCAACUACAGAAUUGUGCUUACUGAUGUGACAGAUCAAAAAUCGCCAUGUACAUCAAGGUCAAGUGACUUUCUGGACUCCAUCAUGCAGCAUGUUUCAGACGAAUCUGAUUCUGAGAACGCAUGGUCCAAGGCAACCGAUUGGAACGAGGAAAUUAAAGUUGAAAUUGGCAAGGAGGAUGAAGUUGUUGCUGUGGUAGAUGAUACUGCGCCAACGGUAGCACUCAAGCCAACCUCUGACCCCAGUACACUGAGCUCGUCCAAGGAGUCGUCUGUUUCUGGUAACUCUCACUCUCGUGCAUGCAUUUACAUCAACAGUGACAGCGACAGCGACAGUGGCUAUGAUGACCAUACUUUUAUGGAUCCAGAGAAGAAGCACCAUCACUUCAAAUGCCGCUAUAAGAGAGGAAGAGGGAACAGAUCAAGGUGGUCGACGUUUAGGGUGAAUAAGGCUAAGGGGAAGAAAUUUGGUAGAAAGAGAAGAUUUGACUUAUAUAGUGGUUCAUUAGGAUUUAUGUUGGGUUCCAUUGGUACUUUGGGAGUUUUAGCUACUGUUGCAAAUUUUGUCGAAGGAUAA